GCCGGGAACCGCCCCCGGCCGCUGUCUCUUUGGCCCCGGGGGGCUGGGGUUUGGGGGAGGCCCCGGGGGAGGCGCUGUUUUUCGCGGCCUCCGAGGCCGCGGCGCUGCCGGAGGUGGGGCCUCGGACCUCGGAGGCGCGCGGCCGCGGGCUCAUCCUGAGGCGGCCCGGGCCAGGGUGCAGGGCUGCCAUCCAGGCGCGCCUGGGAGAGUCGCGGCGCCAGUGCCGAGCGCAGCCGCGAGCCGCCGCGGACGCCGAGGGCUUGGGAGACGGGCAUCUGGUGCGGCUGGUCUGGCGCUGGGGGCACUUGUCAAACUUCACGUGGCCUCGGCAGCCCCGGGCCCCCUCGGGUCUCUGCCCCGAGCGGACGCUGCGGGGGGGUCCCCCGAGCCGCAUGCUUUCCACUGCGCGUUAUGUUUGGAGCGGACCUCGCGCGGCCUGUCGCCAUGGAAACAAAACAGGGGCGGUGGCGGCGCCCGAGCGGAGGCCCGGCUGGGGCCCGAGUGGGGGCAGGGGAGGCGCGGCUGGCGGGCUGCUGCCUUGGCAAGGAGAAGUCCUGGUUCAUCCCGAAGCUCCCCUCCGGUUCAUCCCGGACAGGGCCUUCCCGGCACGGUCACCCAGGGUCCACCAACCCCCAUCCCCGCCGCUGCCCUCUGGUUUUCUGCACCAGCCUCUCUCUGGGGGUGUUUUCCUGAUUUCCUCAUUUCGACCUCACUGACCCGUUCCCGACGGACGCUGCCAGACUUCCAUUUCUCCCAAGAAUUAGAGAAAAUGGAGGAACGGGCCCGUGUCAGGGACCCAACACACCGCCAAAAAAAGUAUUGGCUGUGCCACAGCAAUAAGCCUCAUGUCGUGGGCGUCCUCUGGUACUGCAGCAAGCUCGUUUCGGCCAAGUCCCUUGCUAUCUAUCCCUUUCCGUCAACUGCCUAGAAGCCCACGGCAGGGGUUCCUGCCUUCUCCGAGCGGGGCUUCCAGACAACAGUAGCAUUUGGGAGCGCUUUAAGUUGCAAGCCCCCAAGAACCAGAUGUCAGCGUAAAGGGGGGCAUCCAGGAGAGAGGACAGUUAUGGAGGAGCAGGAGGCAAGGGAGGCUCCAGGACUCCCAGUGCCCCUGGUUCCUGGAGCUGGUGAUGCCUCAGAGGUGAUUGGCAGCUCUUUGUUUCAGCCCCCCCUUACCCGCCUGCUGCCCCCCCCCAGCUCGCUCCUCAGUCCCUCCGCCCCCCUCCCGCUCCUGCUCGCCGCCCAGUCUUUCCCUCCCAGUCGCCCGCCUGCCAGGGGUAGUGAACCGGCCAAGCGGCAUGGAGAAGCCGGAACUUUGGGGGGCCCUGGCUCUUCUCCUCUGCUCUUACGCAUGGGCCAGUCAGGACCUUCAGGUAAUUGACCUGCUGACUGUGGGCGAGUCCCGGCAGAUGGUAGCCGUGGCAGAGAAGAUCCGGACAGCUUUACUCACUGCUGGGGACAUCUACCUCUUGUCCACAUUCCGCCUCCCCCCAAAGCAAGGUGGUGUCCUCUUUGGUGUCUACUCUCGGCAAGACAACACACGAUGGCUAGAGGCCUCUGUUGUGGGCAAGAGCAACAAAGUACUGGUGCGGUACCAGCGGGAAGAUGGCAAAGUCCAUGCAGUGAACCUACAGCAAGCAGGCCUGGCUGAUGGGCGCACACACACGGCUCUCCUGCGGCUCCGAGGACCGUCUCGACCCAGCCCUGGCCUGCAGCUGUAUGUGGACUGUAAACCGGGUGACCAACAUGCUGGCCUCCCAGCACUGGCCCCAAUUCCUCCAGCGGAGGUCAGUGGCCUGGAGAUUAGAACUGGACAGAAGGCUUAUCUGAGGAUGCAGGGCUUUGUGGAGUCGAUGAAAAUGAUUAUAGGUGGAUCCAUGGCUCGGGUAGGAGCCCUGAGUGAAUGUCCAUUCCAAGGAGAUGAGUCCAUUCACAGUGCAGUGACCACUGCUCUGCAAUCCAUUUUAGGGGAGCAGACCAAGGCACUGGUCACCCAGCUCACCCUCUUCAACCAGAUCCUAAUGGAGCUGCGGGAUGACAUCCGAGACCAGGUGAAGGAAAUGUCCCUCAUCCGGAACACCAUCAUGGAGUGUCAGGUGUGCGGUUUCCACGAGCAGCGUGCCCACUGCAGCCCUAACCCCUGCUUCAGAGGUGUGGACUGCAUGGAAGUGUACGAGUACCCAGGCUACCGCUGCGGGCCCUGCCCCCCUGGCCUGCAGGGCAACGGCACCCACUGUGACGACAUCAACGAGUGUGCUCACUCCGAUCCCUGUUUCCCGGGCUCCAGCUGCAUCAACACCAUGCCUGGCUUCCACUGUGAGGCCUGUCCUCGAGGGUACAAGGGCACCCGAGUGUCUGGUGUGGGCAUCGACUAUGCUCGGGCCAGUAAACAGGUCUGCCAUGACAUUGAUGAAUGUAAUGAUGGUAACAAUGGAGGCUGUGACCCAAAUUCCAUCUGCACCAACACGGUGGGGUCAUUCAAAUGUGGUCCCUGCCGCCUGGGUUUCCUGGGAAACCAGAGUCAGGGCUGCCUCCCAGCAAGGACCUGCCACAGCCCAGCCCACAGCCCUUGCCAUGUCCACGCUCACUGUCUCUUUGAACGCAAUGGUGCAGUGUCUUGCCAGUGUAACGUGGGCUGGGCAGGGAACGGGAACGUGUGUGGGCCUGACACAGACAUCGAUGGUUAUCCGGACCAGGCGCUUCCCUGCAUGGAUAACAACAAACACUGCAAGCAGGACAAUUGCCUUUUGACACCCAACUCCGGGCAAGAAGAUGCUGACAAUGAUGGUGUAGGGGACCAGUGUGAUGAUGAUGCCGAUGGGGAUGGUGUCAAGAAUGUCGAGGACAACUGCCGACUGUUCCCCAACAAGGACCAGCAGAAUUCAGACACAGACUCAUUUGGUGAUGCCUGCGACAACUGUCCCAAUGUCCCCAACAAUGACCAGAAGGACACAGAUGGCAAUGGAGAAGGAGAUGCCUGUGACAACGACGUGGAUGGGGAUGGCAUCCCCAAUGGACUGGACAAUUGCCCUAAAGUACCCAACCCACUGCAGACAGACCGGGAUGAAGACGGAGUGGGAGAUGCCUGUGACAGCUGCCCUGAGAUGAGCAAUCCUACCCAGACAGAUGCAGACAGCGACCUGGUGGGGGAUGUCUGCGACACCAAUGAAGACAGCGACGGAGAUGGGCAUCAGGACACCAAGGACAACUGUCCCCAGCUGCCAAACAGCUCUCAGCUGGACUCAGACAACGACGGCCUGGGAGAUGAGUGUGACGGGGAUGACGACAAUGAUGGCGUCCCAGACUAUGUGCCGCCUGGGCCUGAUAACUGUCGCCUGGUACCCAACCCUAACCAGAAAGACUCAGAUGGCAACGGUGUUGGGGACGUGUGUGAGGAUGACUUUGACAGAGAUGCAGUGGCUGACCCUCUGGAUGUGUGUCCGGAAAGUGCAGAAGUUACCCUCACAGAUUUCCGGGCCUAUCAGACUGUGGUUCUGGAUCCUGAGGGUGAUGCUCAGAUUGAUCCAAACUGGGUAGUGCUCAAUCAGGGCAUGGAAAUUGUUCAGACUAUGAACAGUGACCCAGGUCUUGCAGUUGGAUACACAGCCUUCAAUGGUGUGGACUUUGAAGGCACUUUCCAUGUGAACACCGUCACUGACGAUGACUACGCAGGCUUCCUCUUCAGUUACCAGGACAGUGGCCGCUUCUACGUGGUCAUGUGGAAGCAGACAGAGCAGACCUACUGGCAGGCCACACCAUUCCGCGCAGUGGCCCAGCCGGGGCUGCAGCUCAAGGCAGUGACAUCAAUAUCUGGCCCGGGUGAGCACCUCCGAAAUGCUCUGUGGCAUACCGGCCACACCCCUGAUCAGGUACGACUGCUGUGGACUGAUCCAAGAAAUGUGGGUUGGCGUGACAAGACAUCUUAUAGAUGGCAGCUACUCCACCGGCCCCAAGUUGGCUACAUUCGGGUGAAGCUCUAUGAGGGUCCCCAGCUAGUGGCGGAUUCUGGGGUGAUUAUCGACACGUCCAUGCGAGGGGGGCGCCUCGGUGUAUUCUGCUUCUCCCAAGAAAACAUCAUUUGGUCCAAUCUCCAGUAUCGAUGCAAUGACACAGUGCCUGAGGACUUUGAGCCGUUCCGGAGACAACUGCUCCAAGGAAGGGUGUGAGGAGGCGCCACCGGAUUCAGAAUCCUGAUUGGAGACCUUUGACCUUGGGCUCUGUUCUGGAGACCCUGGGGUCGAACCUACAGCCCCCUCAGCCUAACAGAUGGUUCUCUGGUACCCAUCAGGGAGCUCAGCCCCAGACGGGUAGUGACCCCAUUGUGCAGGGGUUGGGGGACUUUCAAGGGGUAUCACUCAGGCACUAACCCGGGGAGAGACAUCAGCACUUGCCAUAAAGUUUCAGUUAUUUUCUAAGUCA